AUGGUAAUGACAUCUGGGUCAUUAGGCAAUGGGAUCCCAGAAGCGUUGGGACAAAACCGCGGGAACAUAAAACGUUGCCUCGAGAAGUACAUUGAGAAAGGUAGACGGGUGAUGAAAUUAAACCAGUUAAUGGAUGAGAUGGAGAUUGUUAUCGAUGAUUUAACGCAACGAAAGCGAGUCAUGGAAGGUGAUCUUGGCAAGAUCUUGUGCUUCACUCAGGAGGCAGUGGUAAUUCCUCCACACGUAGCAUUUGCAGUAAGAGGAAAUCCUGGAAAUUGGCAAUACGUGAAGGUUAACUCUUCCGAUCUCUCAGUAGAGCCUCUAUCAAACACGCAGUAUCUCAAACUCAAAGAGCUUCUCUUUGACGAGAAUUGGGCAAAGGAUGAAAAUGCGUUGGAGGUGGAUUUUGGAGCGUUGGAUUUCAAUCUUCCUCACCUUUCGUUGUCGUCUUCAAUAGGAAACGGCCUGAGUUUCGUGUCCUCAAAGCUCGGAAGCCGUUUAAACGAUAAUCCGCAGUCUAUGGUGGAAUACUUGUUGUUGCUUGAGCAUCAAGGAGAGAACCUUAUGAUCAAUGAGACACUAAACACGGCAAGAAAGCUAGAAAUGAGUUUGAUUUUGGCUGAUGUUUUCCUAUCGGAGCUGCCUAAGGAAACACCUUUCCAAGCCUUUGAGCUCAGGUUUAAGGAGUGGGGUUUUGAUAAAGGAUGGGGAGAAAACGCAGGGAGAGUAAAAGAAACAAUGAGAAUCUUGUCUGAGAUCCUUCAAGCUCCUGAUCCUCGCAACAUUGAUAGAUUCUUCGCGAGGAUUCCUCGAAUCUUCAACGUUGUCAUCUUCUCGGUUCACGGCUACUUUGGUCAAACCGAUGUUCUUGGUUUGCCGGAUACUGGCGGUCAGAUCGUUUACAUUCUUGACCAAGUCAAGGCCCUUGAAGAUGAAUUGCUUCACAGAAUCAACUCUCAAGGCCUCAACUUCAAACCUCAGAUUCUUGUUGUAACACGACUACUCCCAGACGCUAAGGAUAUUAAAUGUAACCAAGAAUUCGAACCCAUUAUCGGUACAAAGCAUUCAAAUAUUCUUCGAAUUCCAUUCGUAACCGAGAAUGGCAUUUUACGUCGUUGGGUUUCCCGCUUUGAAAUCUACCCUUACCUAGAGAGGUUCACCAAGGAUGCAACAACAAAAAUCUUGGACCUUUUGGAGGGAAAACCAGACCUGAUAAUCGGAAAUUAUACGGAUGGAAACUUGGUGGCAUCACUCAUGGCUAAUAAGCUUGGAGUUACUCAGGCAACUAUUGCACAUGCCUUGGAGAAGACUAAAUACGGAGAUUCCGACAACAACUGGAAAGAGUUUGAUCCUAAAUAUCAUUUUUCAUCUCAAUUUACGGCAGAUUUAAUCUCAAUGAACUCUGCUGAUUUCAUCAUAGCCAGCACUUACCAAGAGAUCGCUGGAAGCAAAGAGAGGCCGGGACAGUACGAGAGCCACAUGAGCUUUAGCCUUCCGGGGCUAUAUAGAGUUGUCUCUGGCAUCAAUGUGUUUGAUCCGAGGUUCAACAUUGCAGCUCCUGGCGCAGAUGACUCUAUUUACUUCCCUUUUACCGCGGAAGACCGGAGAUUCACCAAGUUUUAUCCUUCCAUUGAAGAACUCUUGUAUAGCCAAAAUGAGAAUGAUGAACACAUUGGUUACUUGGUGAACAAGAAACCGAUCAUCUUCUCAAUGGCAAGGCUUGAUGUUGUGAAAAACUUAACCGGAUUAACGGAAUGGUACGCCAAGAACAAGAGACUACGAGACUUAGUCAACCUCGUGAUCGUAGGAGGAUUCUUCGACCCUUCAAAGUCUAAGGACAGGGAAGAGAUCUCAGAGAUCAAGAAGAUGCAUUCUUUGAUUGAGAAAUACCAACUCAAGGGUCAGUUUAGAUGGAUCGCAGCUCAGACCGACCGAACAAGAAACGGUGAACUUUACAGAUGUAUUGCAGAUACAAGAGGAGCUUUUGUGCAGCCUGCUCAUUAUGAAGCCUUUGGUCUUACUGUCAUUGAAGCAAUGAGCUGUGGCUUGGUCACAUUCGCCACGAACCAAGGCGGUCCUGCUGAGAUCAUUGUAGAUGGUGUCUCCGGAUUCCACAUUGAUCCGAGCAAUGGAGAAGAAUCGAGCGAUAAGAUUGCGGAUUUCUUUGAGAAAUGCAAUAUUGAUCCUGAUUAUUGGAACAUGUUUUCGGCUGAAGGGUUGCUACGCAUAAAUGAAUGCUAUACGUGGAAGAUAUAUGCCAACAAAGUGUUAAACAUGGGAAGUACAUAUAGCUACUGGAAGCAUUUGAACAAAGAUCAGAAAUUGGCAAAGCAAAGAUAUAUCCAUUCCUUCUACAGUCUCCAAUACAGUAAUUUGGUGAAAACGAUACCCAUAUUGAGUGAUAUUCCUCAGCCUCCACCUCCUCCUCCAAAGCCUUUGAUAAAACCAACAGUAACUAAAGGCUCAAAGAGAACACAAUCACGAUUGAGUUUCAGAAUGUUUGGUGCUUAA